CGUUGUUUUGAAGCUUCUCUUUCAAAUUCUGUUCGUCUCUCGCGAUCUCUCUCUCUCAGAUAGCUCCGAAACUUUCACGUAGAGUGAAGCAGAAUGGGUUUGUCAUUCGCCAAGCUUUUUAGCCGGCUUUUUGCCAAGAGGGAGAUGCGAAUUCUCAUGGUUGGUCUUGAUGCUGCUGGUAAGACCACCAUUUUGUACAAGCUCAAGCUCGGAGAGAUUGUAACCACCAUUCCUACUAUUGGGUUCAAUGUGGAGACUGUGGAGUACAAGAACAUCAGUUUCACAGUGUGGGAUGUCGGGGGUCAGGACAAGAUCCGUCCCUUGUGGAGGCACUACUUCCAGAACACUCAAGGUCUUAUCUUUGUGGUGGACAGCAAUGAUAGAGACCGUGUUGUUGAGGCUAGAGAUGAAUUGCACAGAAUGUUGAAUGAGGAUGAGCUGCGUGAUGCUGUUCUGCUCGUGUUUGCUAACAAGCAGGAUCUCCCAAAUGCUAUGAAUGCAGCUGAAAUCACUGAUAAGCUUGGUCUCCACUCUCUCCGUCAGCGUCACUGGUACAUCCAGAGCACAUGUGCCACUUCAGGUGAGGGGCUUUACGAAGGUCUUGACUGGUUGUCCAACAACAUUGCCGGCAAGGCGUAGAGGGAAAGUUCGUGGCCGAGUUGAUUUGCUGAGCAAAUCUGGAUGCAGGGGCAAACAUUAUCUGAAUUUUUUUUUGUUGGUUUCCGCUUUUGUUAUUGUUCUGCUUUUUUUGGGAUGUGGAUGGAUUUUGUGAUUGUUGUUCUGAUUGUGUAAGCAGGGGUCUUUGUACGUAGAACUUAGAAAAAACUACCUUUUAUAUA